AUUACGAACGAGUUUAACAAGAUUUCAGACGAACAAAUUCAUUUCUUAUUAAUGUGCAAGCCUUUUGUUUCCGGGAUAUUUAAUUUAUUAAUUUGUGGAAAAGUAGAAUGUUUCAUUUGAGAGUUUAGUGGAUGCUGAAUUAAGAAGAGAGAUAGUAUUACAUUGUUUAUCUAAAUACUGUAGUUGUGCCGAAAUAUUUGUUGUUCUGUUGUACAGGACAUGUCCUUUGCGCAGUUUGCUGCUUAUCCAUUCCCUGUUGGAACUUCCGUACCUACUACGCAGAUGUCUACCAGUACUAGUCCGAGUGGCCAGAGAGCUUGCUGUGAAAAUGGCCGACCUAUUAUGACAAAUCCACACACAGGGCAGACAAUCUGUUCUUGUCAGUAUGAAUCAACAUUGCUUAGUUAUUCUAGGGUCCCAGGACUUCCGGAAGGAAUGUUCGGAAAUCCGGCAUACGGAGCCGCACAGUAUGUGCCCCUAGGUUCCGAAGGAUCAGCUUUUUAUUCACCUCUGACUAAUACGACUUAUGACGUUAAAGAUGCACCGGAAGCUUGGAGAAGUUUACAAGCAGGAGCGGUGUUUCCGUAUGAUCCAGCAAUGAUGUACCCUUAUGGAGCGGGAUAUGGUGGUAUCGAUUUAAACGCUCGACGUAAAAAUGCAACAAGGGAAACCACCAAUACCCUCAAAGCUUGGUUAUAUGAACAUAGAAAGAACCCUUAUCCAACCAAAGGAGAAAAAAUCAUGUUGGCAAUUAUCACUAAAAUGACUUUGACACAAGUAUCUACAUGGUUUGCUAAUGCCCGACGACGAUUGAAGAAAGAAAAUAAGAUGACUUGGUCGCCACGAAAUCGGUCCGACGAUGGUACUGAGAACGACGAUAUGGACGAUGAUUUCGACAACAAAGAAAACACAGACAACCAUGACAGAUUAUCUGACGAAAAUUCAAACAAGAUAGGCAGUGACAUCUCUGAUGGACAUAAAAGAUCAUCAGAAGAUACAAAAGAUAAAAUCAUAAAUGUUGAUGAAGAUGAUUCUAAUCUUAGUUUCAAAGAUUUUGAUGACCUUGACCCUGUUGGAAACGAAUCCGAUUCAGACAUUAGUGAACAUGGAAAAUUAAAUGACAGGUUAUCUCCCGUGUCAAGCACAGAUGGCGACACAAGACAUAAGGACUUGAAAUCUGCAAGAGUGAACGAUAGUUCUACAUCGUCUGAAAACCAACAUAAAGCAAAUACUCCAGAAGCUUCUUCCUCACAAAACAGACCAAAAAUAUGGUCGGUGUCAGAAUUUCUUAAUACUCCUAAAGAAGAUGUUUCACAGUCAAAAACAGGUUCAAGUAGUACCAUUAUGAAUGCAAUGAGCAGGUCUUUAGCAAACGCGGGAAAUUACUUUUACUUGCAAGCCAACAACCAUUCGUUACCUCACGGGAGAUAUAGUGCAUUCGGAGCCUAUCCACAUCUAUCUCUGUCUCAUACAACACUUUCAUAUCCAUAUUCUCUCUCAUCACACACAACCUCGAAGUCAAGUUUAUCUAGUCCAACGGAAGUGCAUUCUGAUUCAGACAAUAGUGACAAACUUAGGUCACGAAAUGGACUAUUCUCUCCAGCAAGAGAUAUCGAUACCGUCAGAAGCACCACGAAAGUAUAAUUUUUAAUUUAAAUAAAUGUCUUGUCUUUAUUUAUAAAAUAUAUUUUAUUUGAUUAAAACGUUGUUUGUCCAC